AUGGCGGUGGGGCAGGGGCACUGUGAUAAGUGCCUCCAUUCUGAGGGGCUCCUGCGCUUUGGCUCCCUUCUGCUGCCUGAUUCUGAGCCCGAAACUGGUGAGAGCCGCUCGGAUUCGCACAAGCCCCCGCUUGUUUGCCUGUGUGUUGGGAAGAAGGAGGUUGGAUCGGCAGGGCAGGGAGGGAAGACCUGGGCGGGACCCCUGACCACACCACCGCGAACUGGGCCCCAAACUGUCACUGCCAGGAAGACAGCCAGGCCCUGCCCUCCUCUGGCACUCAGCCCUGUGCCCCACGGGCACUCCUCAGCCCUGCGCCGCUUUGGCAUCCCUCAGGCCCGCGCCCCUCUGGCGCCCCUCAGCCCUGCGCCCCUCGGGCACUCCUCAGCCCUGCGCCCCUGGCGCCCCUCAGCCCCGCGCCCCACGGGCACUCCUCAGCCCCGUGCCCCUCUGGCACUGUGCCCUGCCACUCUGCUUCCUCGAAGGCUCCCAGAGGACACACCCUUCCUGGACAGGGCCGGACUGACCCCGGAAACUCAGAAAGGGCGGAGGCCGAAGGGCCCGCUUUGCAUUCCCCGGGUGGGGGAAGCGAGGGAGGUUCAGUACAAAUGCUUGGGCCCACUGGGGAACAGGCUCCAGAGUCGGGUGCACUGGGGCCAGGCUGCAGCCAGUCAGAGGCCACGGGGUGGGAGCUGCGGGCUGGAGGAGCGCGCUGGGAGCUGGGCCGCGCUGCGGGAGCCGCCCGGAGCCAUGAAAGCGGCCUGUCUCUUCCUGCUGGCGUCCCUGCUGUGCUCCAGGCGGGCCCUGAGCCUGCAGUGCUACAACUGCGCUAACGUCCAGGGAACCAGCCAGUGCCAGACCAGCCAGUGCGUUGGGGUCUGCUUUGCUAGCGACUUGGUCUUCACUGUGAAUGAUGGCGGUGAGAAGAAGAUUACCAUGGGAAUCAAGAGCUGUGCUCCCUCCUGCGAGGACGCCUCAAAGACCCUACAGUCGCUCCGGCCGGAGAGUCUGCCCCAGAUCCCCGGGGGUGUGGGGAACCUUCUGACUUCGGAGGUGAAGAACCUGGCCUGCUGCAACAGGGACCUUUGCAACGGGGCAGCCAGAGCCAGGCGCAGCCUCGGGGCGCUGGCCGGGGGUCUCCUGCUCAGCUUGGGGCCCCUCCUCUUGGCGCUGCUGUGAGGACUGUCCUGUAACUCAGGCACCACGGGCUCCUCCAGGAGCUUGACAGGGGCCUUGCCACGGUAGUGAAUUCCACCCGGCACGCACAGUCGUGUUGGCCUCACACUAGCUCUCUCUUGCGUGCACGCACACUCGCACACACACCGGGUGCCCACGGUGUCCACAGCCUCAGACCCCAGAGUGCUCAGCAAACACGGGCUGUGCUGGAGUUCAUCCCGCUCUGCUGCCCAGCGCAGGCUGGGGAGGGGCAGGCAGUCCAGGCCACUGUGCUGACCCCAGCCGCUCCUGCCACCCACCUGCCCAGUGCCCUGCCACCUGCCAACAAGCGCGCCAAUCACCCAAGAUCCAGAGCCCACAAGACCUGGCUGGACAGAGGCCUCUAGGAGAGCCCGGCGUCCAGCCCCUCCAGCCCAGCUCCUGGCAACGGCACCCGGCACCGCAGGCGAGGACAACAGAAAAUAAACACUUUCCAGCAGCGA